CGGGCGGGGUUGUGAUGCGGCCGUUGUUUUUGUAGGGUCGCGGGUCGUGCCUGAGGAGAAGGGAAAGGCGGCCCAUGGAGCCGGGGAGCGCCUGGCGGGCGGCGUAGCCCGGCCCCUGCCGCUUUGUUAGAGCAAACACACAAACACGCCCAAACGCGCCUCACCUGGGCGGUGAAGAGGAGGGAGCGCUCCCAUACAUAAUGGGUACUCGGCUCCUGCCCCCCGGGCCGCCGCAGAGCAGCGGAAAGAAUGUCGGCGCGGGCCGCGGGUGACGUCAGAAGGGAGCAGCGCAGAGCGGCGGCGGCCAGGCAGCGGCAGCGGCGGCCCCGGCACGGAGAGGGAGGCGCAGGCGGAGGAGGCGGGAGCGGAGCCGGCCCCGCCGCCACCGCAGCGGCAAUGGCGGCCGUCGGGGAGCGCAGGUCCCUGCCCAGCCCCGAGGCGAUGCUGGGGCAGCCCUGGAGCCACUGGGUCGACGCUGCUAAACUUCACGGGAACGACGGAACUGCACUAGAAGAAAGUUUCAAGGAAUACGGGAAAAAUCGAGAAGCGAUGAGACUCUGCCGAGAAGAUAUGCCAAUAUUUGGUCUUUGCCCGGCUCAUGAUGAUUUCUAUUUGGUGAUGUGUAACCACUGUAAUCAGGUCGUAAAACCACAGGCAUUUCAAUCACAUUAUGAAAGAAGACACAGCUCCUCCAGCAAGCCGCCUUUGACUCCUCCCUCCUCUUCAGUAUUUUCCCUCAUUUCAUCUUUCCCUUCAAAAAACAAAGGUAGCGGCGGAAGUGGGAGCAAUCGUUCAUCCAGUGGAGGUACUAGUGCAUCAUCAUCAUCAUCAUCAUCAUCAAGUUCCAAGUUGUUGAAAUCACCCAAAGACAAGCUGCAGAUCAGCGGAAACAACAGGUUAAUGCAUCCGGUACAGCAUAGCAAAGUUCCCCAUGAUAAAAUUAUGACUCCAUCUGUCAAAGUGGAAAAGAUUCAUCCAAAGAUAGAUGGUGCCCAACUGAAAGCUGCUGUUGGUCCAACUUGUUCUACUACUGUGAGUUCCUCAAUAAAGACUGGCCUUAAUUGUCCCUCAAUACCAAAGCCACCCUUGCCUUCCCCUGGACAGAUACUGAAUGGUAAAGGUCUUCUCUCUGUGCCUCCAUUUUUGGAAAAGAAACCUGAAGAAAAUACAAAUAAUAGGAAAUUUUUACAUAAAAGAUUGUCAGAGAGAGAAUUUGAUCCUGAUAUAUACUGUGGUGUCAUUGAUGUGGAAACCAAGAAACCCUGUACUAGGUCUUUGACAUGCAAGACACAUUCCUUAACACAGCGGAGGGCUGUACAGGGUCGAAGAAAACGAUUUGAUGUGUUGUUAGCUGAGCACAAAAGCAAAACCAGGGAAAAGGAACUUCUUCGACAUUCGGAUCAUCAUCAGCAGAUGCCCCCUCUCAGGGAACCACAUCCCUCACCUACUAAAACUUCCCAGGAGCUGCACCAAAAUUCUCAUGGAGUUACUCUUACAGAAUCAAAGCCUUUAUUACCUAACAAACCCAAAACUCACCCCCCCAGUCUUCCAAGGCCUCCAGGCUGCCCAGCCCAGCACAGUGGAAAUGCCCCUAGCGAUUCUCCUUCUGUCCACGAGUCCCCUCACCCUCCCUUGCCUGCAGCUGAGCCAGCAUCUCGGUUAUCCAGUGAUGAGGGAGAAUGUGAUGAAAAAGAAGAGCCUGUUGAAAAACUGGAUUGUCAUUAUUCAGGUCAUCAUCCUCAACCAGCCGCUUUUUGCACAUUUGGUAGUCGGCAGAUUGGAAGAGGUUAUUACGUGUUUGAUAAGCGGUGGAACCAUAUUCGAUGUGCACUUAACUUCAUGGUGGAGAAGCAUCUUAAUUCGCAGAUGUGGAAGAAAAUUCCACCAGCAUCUAGUAGCACAGCAGCAGUUCGUGCACCACACCGGACAAAUGCGAUACCUGCUUCUCAGUAUGGGGUGAGCACGACAGGUUUCCUCCUCCCCACCACCGUUAUGUCCUCUCCAGCUCUGGUGUCUCCUUCCUGUACGUCUCUGAACAAUAAAUCGGUACCAUCACAUGGAACUACACUAAAUGCAAAUCCCGCUACCUUGGGUGCAGUGGAUCCUGUCUGCAGUAUGCAAUCAAGACAAGUGUCUUCGUCCCCUUCAACACCUACAGUGCUUUCCUCUGUACCUUCACCUAUGCCCAGCAAACCUCAGAAGUUGAAAUCCAGCAAAUCUUUUAAACCUAAGGAAUCUUCUGCUGGCAGUGGCACCUGUAACAGCACCGGCAGCGUCAGCAGCGGCGGCGGCUCAGGAAAGAAGCGUAAAAACAGUUCGGCACUGCUAGCACCUUCUCAUUCCACAGAGUCCUUUAGAAAAAACUGUGUGGUUAACUCUGGAAACUCUGGGACCUCCUAUCAUCCGUCGGUGACAUCUUCGUCCCACAGCGUUGGCCUCAAUUGUAUGACUAGCAAAGCUAACUCCGUUAGCCUCAAACAUGACCAAUCAGGGAGGGGUCCUCCUACUGGAAGCCCUGCAGAAUCAAUAAAAAGAAUGAGUGUGAUGAUGAACAGCAGCGAUUCCACUCUUUCCUUAGGGCCAUUUGUUCAUCAGUCCAGCGAGCUGACUGUGAACUCGCACAGCGGUUUUUCACAUUCUCAUCCUUCCCUAGACAAACUAAUAGGGAAGAAAAGAAAGUGCCCACCUGGUUCAAGCAGCAUAAACAGCAGCAGCAGCAGCAAGUCAAACAAAGUUGCCAAAUUGCCAUCGGUGAAUAACGUUCAUGCAAAACACACUGGUGCAAUCCCAGGGACACAAGGACUGAUGAACAAUUCCCUUCUUCAUCAGCCAAAGGCCCGUCCCUGAUAGCUGAAUAUACCAUGGUGAGAAAAGAACUGGACAGUUUUCACUACAAGCAAAACCUCCAUCUGGAAUUCUGGACUCCAAGAUGCCUUGAGUUUUCCCAGCUUCCCAUGGUCCUCAGGUGUGGAAAUCUACUGGACUGUCACUCAAACAAGGAAUUUCCCUGAAGCCAUGUCUGUAGCAGUGAAAUUACUAGAAACGGACACUGGAUGAAGUUCAGCCACAUAAUUGCUCUUAUCAGUGUUAACAGUGGUCUGGACUGGUUUGCUACAAAUCUGUGAGAUUUUACUUACAGGAGUACAUCAUCUUGCCACUCUUUGACAUAGAUUGGCUGGGCAAAGGAAUGUUUUCUGGGGGGGGGGAGGGGAAAUAAACAUUACUGUGGACUUAUUUUUAUACUGAUGGUGUCUUUUGUAGGUGAUAGCUGCCAGGUGGACACUGUCAGCACAGGGGAGCCCGCAACAAGGGGCAAAAAUGCGUGAGGCACAAUGGAAAGAAGCCCUGGAAAAGGGAAGAUGGCUUUAGUGUUUUUAUAGCAAUGUUCCUUUAAUGGGAUAUAGAAAUAGCACAAUUCAAACAAGCAGUCUGUGUUUUGCCCAGCCUUUUGCAAGUGAUUUGGUAUAAGGAGGUAUCAAGAGUUUAAUAACAAACAAAUGUUAAAACAGCGAUCGGAACAGUAAACACCAACAACUUGUUUAAGGCCGUGGCUCAGAAAAAAACAAGCAUAAAAACGUUACGCUUGGGUGAUACAGGAAUUGUUUUUUAUUCUUUUGGAUGAGAUCUGAUUGCAGAAGGAAACGAAAAGUGAAUUGUUUUUGAAGCAGUCCAAAAAUAUGAAGCAAAGGCAAAUAACCUCUAGAACUAUGUGCCCAAAGAACGUAUUUCUUGACCUUUACUGUAUGCCGUCAACCUUUGUUAUUUGUGAAAUAACAACCGUGUUGGUUACAUUAGGCUGGGUUGGCCUUCCAGCCUGUAAAAAAAAAAAAAAAGAAAUAGCCCUUUUAAAGUGAAGUAUUUAAACUAUUUAAAUAUUUUCUAAAAAAAUAGUAAUAAUUAAUAAUAAUAAUAAUAAUAAUAAAAAGUCCCUUAUUUUAUGCCUUCUUUGUAGAACUGAAGCAUUCGUGCUUUCAACCACUCAGAUUUCGUUUUAUUUCCCCAGAGGUGGGGAGUGGAUGACGGCUGAGUUCCGUGUCAGGUGCAGCUGUGCACAUUGCAGCCCUUGUGCUCCCACCUGGCACUGUGAGUCAGGGGGCUCUGCACGGUGCUGUGCACCCACUCAGCCUGUAGGCAAUGUUUUGCGUUGCUUCAGAACACCUCAGAAGUGAAUUCUGCUCAAGGGCUCGUUGUUGUGUUGGGGUUUGGUUCGUCGGGGUCCUUUUGUUAAGUUUUUAGGUGAAGUCUCAAAAACGGACUGAAAUUUUCUGAAGGGGCAAAGCCAAGGCAAACAGAGUAUUGACCAAGAAGACAUUUUUCUGCCUUAAAGGGGCACCAGCCGUCGCUGAGAACAGACAAUCUGAGCCUGUCACGUUGUUCCUGUUGCCCAGCCUUCCCCAUUCCGGUGGCAAGUUGUACAUCAGGGAAUCCAAAGCCACUACCAGUAGCAGUCGCUGAGUUGUUUACCUGACGAUGCUUUCAGUUCCACCUGAACUUGCUACAAAAGUGGUGUCGUAUGGCAAAGCAAGCAGCCUCUAUGCAGACACCUGAGCUUUUGAAUUGAUAUAAAAGAUCAUUCUUAGGAAGCGACAUGUUAUAGACUCUUUAUUAUGCAAACUUUGAUUUUAAAAUAAACAGAAUCCCACACAGCUGUUCAGGAACAGGAGGAUCCGUAAUUAAUAAGGCGCCCUACUGAGAGGAUUGUUGGAACUGUGAUUGGUUUGAUGCGAAAGGAACCAAAGUAUUACGCCACAAAGAGGAAUCAAAAUGUAUUGUUAAGUCUCAACGUGUGUGGAGUGAAACCCGUGCUGUGAUGAAAUCUCUGGGGCAGAAAUGUCACUUUGGGACGGUGUCAGUCACAAGUGCAAUUCGACUCUUAAAUACAACAGAGACAGCGAUUUGGCAAGAAUGGAAUCUCGUGAGUUUGUGCCCAAACUCGCCCCGCUAGUGAGGUUCUGUUGAUCUAAAAGCAUAAUGGCAAACUCGUGCCCCUCCAGCAGAGCUUCAAGUGAGAGCAGAGCCAGGCUGGAAGCCGCUGGAGUAGCGGGCUGCAGCACUGCGCGUCCACCUACUGUGGGCAUAGAUCUGCUACCACGGUAUGUUUUAGAUCUCGGUUCCAAGCAGUGCGUUGUCUCACGUCCCCCGGUUCUGACUGUAAAUAACAAAGGAAGCUGAAAAUCCAUUUUCCUUGCAAAAAGGAAUCAGCAGUGGCUGGGUUGUUUCUAGACAGAUUUUGGUAUUAAUUUAAGAGAGACACUUUUUAUAGUCUUUCCGACUUCUCGUUAUGACUCCUGCAGUUUUCUUAACCUAAAAAUAAAUUGCUGCAAUGAUGAACAAAGAAUUAUACAAGAAAAAGAAAAAACAUACUUUUGUAUCUUUAUUUUGGAAUUUCUUGUUCUAUUAUAAAUAUUGAAGUAUCCCUAUUUCAGAAGACGUAUUUUGUUAAUUGAUUGUACAUAUUUAAAUAUGUAUUUUUGCACAGGUCUUUUUUUCUGAUAUCCAGUUUUGGUACAAUUGAGAUCAUCUAGUAUUUAUUUAUUGAUUAAUUAUAAAAAAAUAAAAAAUAAAAAAAAAAAGAAAGAAAUAGAAGGAAAAGCAAAUACCUUUUCUUAUAUAUAUAUAUAUAUAUAAUAUGUGUGUAUUAUAUAUAUAUAUAUAUAAUAUAUGUAUAAUUUUAAGUGGUUCACUGCCAAGCCAAUAGCAACAUGCCUACUUUGCAACUCAAGGGAUGCCUCCAUGUGCCUGGAGCUGCACCCCUGGCCACAUCCCUCACUCCGGCGUUGCUUCUCAGUUGCCCGAUUCCCAGAGGACUCCAUUUAGUGACACACUGCUUCUCUUUCCUUCGCGUUGUUGUGAGCGCGUCCAUGUGGGUCUCAAUGUGGUUUCAAACUAAAGGAAAAAAUGAAAGUGCCUGAUAUAACUCGUUCUGAGCUCGGACUGUUGAGACAGCUCCUCCUUAAAUGACUUGAAUGUUCAGUUGAAAUCUCGGAGCUUUUUCCACCUAUAUAUAACAACGUGUGUGUAUAUAUGUGUGCGCAUAUAUAUAUGUACACGUUUAUACAUAUAUAUAUAUAAGGUUGUUGAGAUCAAUCGACAAAAGGAAAGCAAACUAUGCUGGUAACCUUUGUAUGAUGUUUCCAUUGGAGUUCCUUGUGUUGGAAUGAUCCCGUUUUAAUGCAGAGUUGGGGUAACGCCAAGAGUUUGGUACGUGGGCUUAGUUUAACCAGCAGUCAGUGUAACUGUGUCAUUUGGGGCAGGAAGGGGAUGGGGGAUUAUUCAUCCAGAAGUGAAACCAUUUAGGAAAUGUUCAAAAUAGUCCAUAAGGAAAACAAAAACCCAGGAAGUACCUCUCGACACCACUCGGAAACAGAGAUGCGAUUUCCAAAUGACAUUUCUAAGGCAGUUUGUCUUCCCAUAAGAGUUCUCUUGCCAAGGAAUCUCUCAUCUCUCUCUCAUUCUGGCCUGGAGGUGGGAAUUGGGCUUGGAAAGAUACUUCACGUUUCGCUGUUCAGCAGAAAAUAAUCAUAUAUUUCUUUUCCGUUCUGUGCGGGGUGUUUUACGUUGUAAAGAUGGUCAUAUUAAAAACGAGCACUACGUGAUGUCAAUGUGAAUGUAGGCCUCGAAAGCAUCUUUUGCUCGGUGUUGAGCCUGGUUCUAAAAGCAAUCUCCUGUGUACAAUGUGUGAAUAGUUUGGAUCAUUUGUAUACAUAAUCAAGAGCAUCCGAUCAGCUGAACUCCGCGUUGGCUGCUGUACAGUACAUGAACAAAUGUCAUGGGAUAGAAAAAUUACUUUGGAUAUUUAAAAGAAAAAAAAACAAAUAAAUAUAUAGUCUAUUUGUUUUGUAACAAGUUUCUGUAAAUAAAAUAAUUUAUACUAUUUAUAAGAAAAAAGUUGUGCUUUGCUUCAUGACGAAGAUUAGUUUGUUGAACAAACAUGUUACUAAACAAGGCAAUAAAAUUAGGACUUUUCAAUAAAUGAGGUUGGUUGCAUGGAACGCA